AUGAAGACCCUGAUCCUCUGCUUUGGCCUCGGCCUUGUUGCUGCCCUGCAGGCCCAGGACUUACCUGCCACGGAAGAGACUCAUGAUCUGUCAGGAACGUGGUAUAUAAAAGCUACAGCAUCUGACAAGGAGAUUCCUGGCUUGAACUUAAGGUCUAUGUCUGUGACUCCCAUGACCGUCACGAACCUGGAAGGGGGCAACCUGCAAGUCAACUUCACUGUCCUGAUUGCAGGACGGUGCCACAAGAUGAACAAUGUCCUUGAGAAGACAGAUGUGCCUCUAAAAUACACAGCUGAUGGGGGCACUCAGGAGAUCUACAUCAUACCAUCUGCUGUGGAGGAUCACUACAUCUUCUACAUUGAAAACAACAUACACGGGCAUCAUUUCCGAAUGGCAAAACUUGUGGGCAGAGAUCCUGACGUCCACCAGGAGGCCCUGGAAGAUUUUCAGAAGGCUGUGAAGACUGGAGGCCUCAACACAGAGAGCAUCCUCAUGCCCAGGCAGAGUGAAACCUGCCCUCUAGGAAGUGAUUAG